CCUCCGCCAAGGUCAAAUCCUUUGGAAACCCCAAUUUUUGUUGCUUCUCCUCCCCCAUUUCUCUCUCUCUCUCUCUCUCUCUCUCUCUCUCUCUCUGGAUUUUGUUAGCGCACGUCGUUCGUCGAAUUCGCGUCCGAUUCGGGAAUUUUUUGGAUUUUGAACGAGUAUUUGCUCUUUGGGUCUUGGGGAAGCUGCUAACGUGCGCUGCCUGGGUCUCUCUUUUCUGAUUUUUCAGGACCUUCUCUGUUCAUCAAAGUCAACUGUUAAUACGAACAAGGGAGUACAGUAGUUUGAUCGUACAAUAAUGACUUGUUUCUCUUUCAUAUUCAGAAGGAAAAACGCUUCUCGGCAAACAGGUGUUAACAGCAACAAAGGUUCUGAAAAGGUAAGGAUUUUCACUUACAAUGAUAUGACAAGGGCCACAGGAGAUUUUAGCCCGAUCAAUAAAGUAGGGGAGGGAGGCUUUGGCUCCGUGUACAAGGGAAAGCUUAAAGAUGGAAGUAUGGUUGCUGUAAAGGUGCUGUCUUCUGAGUCACGACAAGGAGCACGAGAAUUUUUAAAUGAACUUGAGGUUAUCUCUAAUAUUCAUCACGAGAAUCUUGUUAGGCUCAUCGGCUGUUGUGUGGAAGGAACUCACCGAAUCAUUGUUUAUAAUUAUCUUGAAAAUAACAGUCUUGCACAAACCCUACUAGGAUCCGGCCACAGUAAUAUACAAUUCAACUGGAGAACCCGUGUCAGAAUUUGCCUUGGUAUUGCUCGGGGACUUGCAUAUCUUCAUGAGGAAGCUGCACCCCAUAUUGUUCAUCGCGAUAUUAAAGCAAGCAAUAUUCUUCUUGAUACGGAUCUUUCUCCAAAAAUUUCGGAUUUCGGUUUAGCAAAACUACUGCCACCUAAUACAACCCAUGUGAGCACUCGCGUUGCAGGAACAAUAGGUUACUUGGCUCCUGAAUAUGCAAUUCGAGGUCAAGUGACGAGGAAGUCAGAUGUUUACAGUUUUGGAGUUCUUCUAUUAGAAAUAGUUAGCGGCAGAUGUAACACCAAUACCAGAUUACCUUAUGAAGAUCAAUUUCUUCUUGAAAGGUCCCCAGAUAUCAUGAAUGGGCUUCUCUUGCAGACGUGGGCACUCUACGAGCAUGGCAAGCUAGCACGCAUCAUUGACACCUCUCUGAACGAUGACUUGGAUGCCGAGGAGGCAUGCAAGAUCUUGAAAAUCGGGCUCUUAUGCACGCAAGAUGCCGCGAAAUCCCGGCCUACCAUGUCGACUGUGAUCAAAAUGAUGACAGGUGAAAAGGACAUAGACUCGGAAGAAAUCACGAGGCCAGCUGUAAUUAAUGAUUUCAUGGAACUUAAGGUUAGAAGCCAAAGAAAAGCUGAGGAGAUCCGCUUAUCCUCGACUAUGUCUUCUUCCGGUGUGGUGACUUCAGCAUUGUCGUCGGAGGAGAAUUCGCAUGGAUCCUUGUCUUACACUGCAAUAUCUGAUAGAGACUGAGACAAGCAUAUACGAAUCGUUCUUCGAAACAAAGCCUUGCAUAAAAAUGACACGAUGUAUAUCGUCUGUAUCGGAAAAUUUAAGGCCUUCUUUUGGGGAAAGAAAUAAAAGAAAAUUGUUUGGUUUUGCUUUUACUGUAUAUAUAUUCAAGAUGUUUAUGCCAGAUUUGGAAGGAGAAAUUUUGAUCUAUUGGUCGUCCAUGGGUGUUUUGAAGUUCAAUUUGUAGUAUUUCACCAUGAGUCGCCGAUAGUAGAUGCUGGAACUUGUAAUCUUAGCUUCAAUUGUUUCCGUUUCUUUUUGUGAUCCACAUGUCAAUAUACGUGUAUAGAUUGGAACUAUUUACUACUGUGAUCUAAGCUAUGAACAAAAUUAUUUAAUUUCCAGUAAUUAUUGAUUUGUUA